UUUUGAGUUUAAACAAUCGGAUUGGCUAAAAAAAUACAUCGAACUAAACACUGAAAUGAGGAAGAAGGCGAAGAAUGAAUUUGAAAAGGAUUUCUUCAAACUCUUGAACAAUGCCGUUUUUGGAAAAACCAUGGAAUCUUUACGGAAACGUUUUAAGAUGGAACUAGUUUCACGUCCGCGAAGAUUACAAAAACUCAUCAACAAGCAAACAUUUAAAAAUUGUACGACAUACAGCAAAAAUCUAGCUGCUGUCUCAUUGGAAAACAAAAUUAUCAUGUUUAACAAGCCAAUAUAUAUAGGUUUCGCAGUAUUGGAUAUCAGUAAAACCAAGAUGUACGAGUACCACUAUAAUGUAAUGAAGGCGCAUUAUGGCAAAAAUAUCACAUUAAUGUACACAGAUACAGAUUCGUUAGUAUAUUACAUACUGACUAAUGACUUUUAUAAAGACUUGGCUGUUAAUUCAAACUUGCUGGACAAGAUGGAUACAUCAAAUCUCCCGAAAGACCAUCCGUGCUAUAUUCCCGACCGUAAGAAGAUCCCGGGUUUGUUUUCCGACGAGACGGAUGGACUCGUUAUGACAGAGUUUUGUGCGUUACGGGCAAAAUCAUAUGCCUACAAGCUUAAUGGGAUGGAAAAAAUCAAAGCCAAGGGAAUCCGUGGGCAUGUGGUAAAGUACCACAUGUCAUUCAAUGACCAUAAGAAGUGUCUGUUUGAUGACAGUGAUUUAGACGUUUUCACUCAAAAUGUAUCCAUCCGAUCAUUCAAACACCAGCUCAAGACAAUCAAAUCGAACAAAUUGACUUAUAAUAACUAUGAUGACAAGAGGAUUAUACUUGAAGACAAAGUACAUACCUAUGCUCAUGCACAUUAUAAAUCUGUUUGUUAAUUGUAUUUAUAAAAAAUAUGUAUAUAUGUGUAUUUGUUUUUUUUACAGUAAUAAAAGU